GGAAGUCUGACUGUUUUUUCUAUGAACAAACAAGGCAGUUUUAUCUUGUUUGACGCAAUGCUGAAAUUUCUAGAGACUGCUAAGCGCAUGACUGGAUCCACAGCUAUUUCCACGAACCCAGCCACCUUGAUUGCAAGAAGAUAUGUUCUUCAACAGAAACUUGGCAGCGGGAGUUUUGGAACUGUCUAUCUGGUGUCAGACAAGAAAGCUAAACAGGGAGAGGAACUGAAGGUACUGAAGGAAAUCUCUGUUGGAGAGUUAAAUCCAAAUGAAACUGUGCAGGCCAGUGUGGAAGCCCAGCUCCUCUCCAAGCUAAAUCAUCCAGCCAUUGUCAAGUUCCAUGCAAGCUUCAUGGAACAGGAUACUUUUUGCAUUAUUACAGAAUACUGUGAGGGCCGAGACCUGGACUAUAAAAUUCACGAAUAUAAAGAAGCUGGGAAAAUCUUUCCUGAAAGUCAGAUAGUAGAAUGGUUUAUCCAGUUGUUGCUUGGAGUUGAUUAUAUGCACGAGAGGAGGAUACUCCAUCGAGACUUGAAGACAAAGAAUAUAUUUCUGAAAAAUAACCUACUUAAAAUCGGGGAUUUUGGAGUUUCUCGACUGCUAAUGGGAUCAUGGGAGCUGGCUACAACUUUAACUGGGACUCCCCGAUAUAUGAGCCCCGAGGCCCUGAAGCACCAAGGCUACGAUGCCAAGUCCGAUAUCUGGUCACUGGCAUGCAUUUUAUAUGAGAUGUGUUGCAUGGAUCAUGCCUUUGCUGGCUCCAGUUUUUUGUCUGUGGCUUUAAAUAUUGUCGAAGGCAACACACCUUCACUCCCUGAGAGAUAUCCACGAGAGCUAAACACCAUCAUGGAACGCAUGUUGAACAAGAGUCCUUUACUGAGACCGUCCGCUGCAGAAGUUUUAAAAGUUCCUUACAUCGAAGAGCAGCUUCAGCACCUGACGUGUAAAUAUUCAGAAAUGACACCGGAAGCCAAGAACUCAGUUCUCCAGAAGGAGGCGGCUCACGUAAUUAACGCUGUGCAGGAAAAGGUUCACCUGCAGACUCUGCAAGCCCUGUCCGAAGUACAGAAAAUGACACCGAGAGAAAGGAUGCGGCUGAGGAAGCUGCAGGCAGCUGAUGAGAAAGCCAAGAAGCUGAAAAGGAUUGUGGAAGAAAAAUACAAAGAAAACAACAAACGGAUACAGGAAUUGAGAUUCAAGAACAUUGAGCCUUUGAGUGCCGAUGUGCUCCAUGAAUUAGAUGAGCGGACUUCAGAGAACCUUUCUGAGCCCCAGUCCCUUCCUUCUCUGCACCUUGAUGAACCUGAGCCAAGUUUAGAGGACACCAUCAUUGACCUUGGACAUUAUGAGAUCCCAGAAGACCCGCUUGUUGCUGAAGAGUAUUAUGCUGAUGUGUUCGAUUCCUGUUCUGAGGAGAGUGAGGAGCAGGAGGAAGACGUGAUGUUCUCAGAAGCAGGCAGAGAAAUGAGGGAUAGGGGAGCCCCACCUUUCAGAGCAAACUAA